AUGUCCCCGCCCUCUGCGAUCUUCCCGCCGCCGCUUUUGUGGUUCAAGUUCUCGUGGCGUCUGACAUCGCGUGGAGUGGUUCCUUCACAACGCGCGCGCGCGUGGCUGCUGGGCCCUGGCAGCUGGGAGUCCAGGUCGGCUGGGGCAAGCUCGAUGCCUGUGCCCCUGCCGCCACUGGACGUGCUGACGCUCGGCCUGGUGCCCGCGCGCCAGGCGCGCAACGCGUGCAGCUCGUCCUCGUCCUCCGCUGAGAGCGACCGCGCCCUCGCUCUGUACGCGGACGCGGAGGCGGUGCGCCUGAAGACGCCGCCGCCCACCACGCGCAACGCGUCUGUAGCCUUCGGACAGGACGACCCCCGCACCCUCGCCCUGUACGAAGACGCGGAGGCGCUGCGGCUGAAGACGCCGCCAGUCAGCGCGCGUGGCGCGGCCGCCCAGGGCGAGGAGAGCAUCUUCGACCUGUACUCGGAUGCGGAGGCGCUGCGGCUAAAGACGCCGCGGGCUUCCUCGCGGGAUCCGGUCGCUGCUCAGCGAGAACCGGAGGCUUUCUACUUGAAGAACGGCCUCCACCCGGUCGGCGCCUCAAAGGUCCUCGGAAACUUCAAGGGUCCCCCCGCCGCCGAGUCGCUGCUGUUCGCGGGCCUGUGCGUCGACGACUCGCCCUCACCAGCGCGCACGAAGCCGAAGGUCAAGGUAUCCAAGUUGCCGACCGGCUACAGCGCCCGGACGCCGACGACGGCGUGCCCCUCCGAGGACUGCCUGGAGGAGCAGCGCUGCGACCGGCGCGCCUCGCGCCAGGCCAGCCUCACGCCGCACGCGCUGCGCCCGCCGGCGGCGGCGCUGCGCGCCUAG